CUUCUCUCCACACGCAGUUUUCUCAUAUACCACAGAUAGCAUUUCAGCGAAAAUGGACGCACUACUCAAGUGGGCGAUUCUGAAUGGAGCCACAAUGAACGAGGACGCGCCGGACAACGGCACGCGGCCAGAGCCAAAGAAGAUCGAUCCCGAGAUCCUCGAUGCGAUCCUGGGCAAGCCGGCGUCGGUGCAGAUGACCGAGUGUGUGGACGCAGCCGAGGACACGACGCAGUCGGUCGACGACCGCGAGAUCGCGCUGGACAACCUCGAGAUGCUCAUUGAGAACAUCGACAAUGCCGCCAACCUGCAGCCCCUGGCGCUGUGGCCGCGGCUGGUCAAGCUGCUCGACGACCCCGAGCCGUCGGUGCGCACCGGCGUGCUGUGGGUGAUGGGCACGGCCGUCCAGCACAACCCGAAGGCGCAAAAGUCGUUUGGCUCCAAUAGCUGCCUGAAGGCGGUGCUGGAGGUGCUGCGGGAGGACACGGUGGGCGAGGUGCGCGCAAAGGCACUGUACUGCGUGUCGUCGUAUGUCCGGGCGAAUGUGGCCGGGCUGACAGAGUUCAUCAGCCAGGGCGGGCUGCUGGUGCUGCUGCAGGCGAUCGAGAGUGCGGCCACGGUGCUUGGCCAGAAGACGUUCUUCUUGCUGCGCGCGCUGAUCGACGAGGCUCUGGAUGAGGAGACGCCGCAGGAGCUGCGGCCUGGCAGCACGCUGGUCGACGCUAUCGUCGAGCUCGGCUUUGUUCCGGCCACAGCCAAGGCGAUCCAGCCGAUGGUCGCGAGCGGCGAGUCGGGCGCGGUGGUCGAGCAGGCAGUCAUGUUCUUGGCUGCCCUGGCCGGGACUGCGAAGGGCAAGGGCGCAGUGAGCGGGAGCGCGGAGCUGAAGGAGCUGGCGCCGAAAAUCAAGCAGACUUUUGCUGAUUUUGACAUUGCUGGGCUGGACGCGCUGCUUUGAGGAUCAAAUCAAAUCAACGCGCUGGCCGGCAAAAUGCUCGCGUUCAAACAGAAUGCGCGCAAGCAGACUUUGCGUUUUUUCAAGCUCCUCCAAAAUACACAUUUUACACAUAUUU